CGCUCUUGUGAUGACGUGCAGAACGUGUUCGCCAUCAUGAUAAUAAACCGUGAACACAAAGCUACAAAAAGGCUCAUUAAACCUCGGCAGUAAGACUCUCGUACAUGUGCUGAUACCUCCAAACAGCGACCGAGUUCGGACUGAUAUCCGCGGACCCGGGACUUGGCGAAUUUGGCCGAAAGUGACCGAAGAGCUGAGCCGAAUAACGAGGUGGCACCAUGGCAUCAGCAUCUGCCAGCGUGGACUCCAAGGCAGAGCUGACUGCUCUCCUGGAGCAGUGGGAGAGGGAGCAGCAGGGGGCCACACAGGAGCUGGUUGCCCUCCUCACUAAAAUAUCAGAGCUCGUUGAAAAAGAGACAGAGGAGUACCAUAAAGCUGACCCAGACCCUUUUGAUGAUCGACAUCCAGGGAGAGCUGAUCCAGAAUGCGUGUUGGGGCACCUCCUCAAGAUCUUGUUCAAGAACGACGACUUUAUGAACACACUGGUGAACAGUUAUGUGAUGACCAGCAGGGAAUUUUCCCUGAACGCAGCAGCUUGUCGCCUCCUUCAGAACAUCAUGCCUGGACUGGAAACUGCUGUGGUCUUUCAAGAAAAGGAGGGAAUUGUGGAAAGGCUGUUUAAGUGGGCUCAGGAGGCUGAGCAGCCCCUCAGAAUCUAUGCCACCGGCUUGUUGGCUGGUGCGAUGGAGAAUCAGGACAUUGCUGCAAACUACAGAGAAGAGAACUCUGUUCUGGUGCCUUUGAUGCUGCAUCGGUUGCGCGAGCUUCAGGACAAAGAUGCAGAGAACAAAAGGGAAAUCAAGCGUCCGAGCCCCCGAAAGACUCUGAGUGAGCCGCUGCUACCUCUAGAUGAGGAGACUGUUGACGGAGGCUUUGAAGAGAAGUCCUUCACGCCGGGUAAAAACGGAGCUGAAAAGGAGGGAAUGGGGCCCGAGGAGGAUGGAGAACUACCUUUCUCAUCCAUCGAGCCUGAAAACGAACUCUCCUUCCGUCUGAACUCCCCUCACAAGACGAGCAGCCGCGCCAACUCGGCCGUUAAAACCAUGAUGAAGCCCAUGUCUGCCCCGAGUUCGCUGACGCACCAAGGCGUGUCUGAUGGCAGCAGUUACUUUAAACGCAGAGCAGAUCGGGACAGUGGCAGGACUUCAAAACACAAGUUGAACUUCUCCCUGCCGGAGCCAGAGAGGACCUUCAGUGAGCUCUCCAACAGCAGCUGGACUGAGAUGAGCCCCUGGGUGAUUGGCAACAACUAUCAUCUGUAUCCUCUGACCCCUGAGAUCGAGCAGCGACUCAUCCUGCAGUAUCUCACUCCGCUGGGAGAAUAUCAGGAGCUGCUGGCGGUGUUCAUGCAGAUGGGCGCUCGUGAACUACUCAUGCAUUAUAUGGAUCUAAAGCAGACCAAUGAUGUGCAGCUCACCUUCGAGGCCCUCAAGUAUCUGGCCUCUCUGCUGUUGCACAAGAAGUUUGCUGCAGAGUUUGUCGCGCAUGGGGGGGUUCAGAAACUGCUGGAAAUUCCCCGGCCAUCAAUGGCUGCUACUGGAGUGUCACUGUGCCUCUACUACCUUGCCUACAACCAGGAUGCCAUGGAAAGGGUGUGCAUGUUGCCUCACUCCAUCCUGUCAGACGUGGUUGGUUACACACUGUGGCUGCUGGAGUGCUCACACGCGUCCGGCUGCUGCCACGCCACCAUGUUCUUCUCCAUCUCCUUCUCCUUCCGUGCUGUCCUGGAGCUUUUCGACAAGCAGGACGGGCUCCGGCGCCUCGUGAAUCUGGUUAGCACUCUGGAAAUCCUGAAUCCCGAGGACCAGGGAGCGCUGCUGAGCGAUGAUGAGAUUUUCUCCAGCAGGCAGACGGCCAAGCACACCUGCAUGGCCCUGCGCAGGUACUUCGAGGCCCAUCUGGCAAUCAAGGUGGAGCAGGUGAAGCAGUCGCUGCAGCGCACAGAGGGGGGCGCCCCCAUUCACUCGCAGCCUUACUACAAGGCUGUGAGCUACAGCCGUGAGCAGGUGGUGGAAAUGAUGGAGUUUCUCAUAGAGUACGGCCCGCUCAGACUGUACUGGGAGCCAGCUGAGGUCUUUCACAAGCUGUCAUGUGUCCAGCUUCUCCUGCAGCUCAUCUCCAUCGCCUGUGACUGGAGAACAUACUACGGCAGGAGUGAUACAGUGCGCUAUGCCCUUGACAUCCUGAGCAUCCUCACAGUUGUGCCAAAGACCCAGCUGCUGUUGUCAGAAGCAGUUGCUGUGUUUGAUGAGGGAGGAUCCACUGUUUCUACUGUCGGGAUGAGUAUAGUUCUGGCUGUCGCAGAGGGAGAGGUGUUUGUGAACGAUGCCGAGAUUCAGAAAUCGGCCCUGCAGGUCGUCAUCAACUGCGUCUGCGCUCCAGACAAGCGCAUGUCCAGCAUCGGCAAGUUCAUCGCAGGCACCCCCCGCCGGCGCCUGCCCCAGCAGAGCAAGGCCAGCGAGAACGUGCUCAUCAAGAUGUGGAACGUGGUGCAGUCCAACAACGGCAUCAAGGUGCUGCUGUCCCUGCUGACGGUGAAGAUGCCCAUUACGGAUGCCGAUCAGAUCCGAGCUCUGGCCUGUAAAGCCCUGGUGGGUCUGUCUCGCUCCAGCUCCGUCAGGCAGAUCAUCAGCAAACUGCCUUUGUUCAGCAGCGGACACAUCCAGCAGCUCAUGAAGGAGCCGGUGCUCCAGGACAAACGCAGCGAACACGUCAAGUUCUGCAAGUUCGCGGCGGAACUGAUCGAACGGAUCUCAGGGAAGCCUCUGCUGAUCGGCACAGACGUGUCUCUGGCCUGGCUGCAGAGGGCCAGCGUGGUCGCCCAGUCCAGGAUCACCUUCCCUGAGAAGGAGCUGCUGCUGCUCAUCAGGAACCACCUGGUGGCCAAAGGCCUUAACGACACGGCCACCGCCCUCACCAAGGAGGCGGACCUCCCGAUGGCGUGUCUGUCUCACUCCUCGCACUCGGCCUCUGCCUUCCCUGCCGUCGCUCCUCCGCCUACUGCCUCCCCCGUCGCCACUCUCCCGCGCACCCCGCGGCUGGCCAAUGGCGUCGGGUCAAGACUCGGCAGUCAUUCCUCUUCUCCGGGCGCCGGUCACCAGCAGCCGCGUCCCUCCACAUCUCAGACCUCCGCUCCCUCCGCUGCUUCCACUUCGUCGUCUGUCCCUCACUGCAACCACAGCUCCCCGCUCAUCGGCCGGAUCGUUUUCUCCCGGGAGCGACAGACGCCCUGUAGCACCGUGAGCUGCAAGAAAACCCGAGUGCUCCGGCAGAAGUCGGACCACGGGGCCUUCAGCCAGAGCCCCGCCAUGAAGAAACAGUUUGACAGACACCUCCCCUCCCCUCCUGCACUGGACAGCAUUAUCACAGAGUACUUGAGGGAGCAACAUGCACGCUGCAAGAACCCCGUCGCAACCUGUCCGCCUUUCUCGCUCUUCACCCCUCAUCAGUGUCCCGAGCCCAAGCAGAGACGCCAGGCCCCCAUCAACUUCACGUCCCGACACACACGGCGGGUCAUAUACCCCAAAUAUGGAGGUGUGGAUGGAGGAUGCUUUGACAGGCAUCUUAUUUUCAGCAGGUUCCGGCCGAUCUCCGUGUUCAGAGAGGCAGACGAAGAUGAGAGUGGAUUCAUGUGUUGUGCCUUCUCGGCGCGCGAGCGCUUCCUGAUGCUCGGGACGUGCACAGGCCAGCUCAAACUGUACAACGUGUUUACAGGCCAGGAGGAAGCCAGCUACAGCUGUCACAGUUCCGCUAUCACUCACCUGGAGCCCUCACGGGACGGUUCUCUGCUCUUAACUUCAGCCUCUUGGAGUUACCCGCUGUCCGCUCUGUGGGGCAUGAAAUCAGUGUUCAUCAUGAAGAAUUCCUUUUUGGGCGACCAUUAUGUGGAGUUCAGUAAGCUUUCACAAGAUCGUGUCAUUGGAACAAAGGAGCACAUAGCGCGGAUUUAUGACAUCCAGACGGGUCAGGUGACUCUGACUCUGAACAACCCAGACCUGGCCAACAACUACAAGAGGAACUGUGCCACCUUUAACCCCACGGACGACCUGGUGCUGAACGACGGCGUGCUGUGGGACGUGCGCACGGCGCAGGCCAUCCACAAGUUUGACAAGUUCAACAUGAACAUCAGCGGCGUGUUUCACCCCAACGGCCUGGAAGUCAUCAUCAACACAGAAAUCUGGGACCUGCGGACCUUCCACCUCCUCCACACGGUUCCCGCUCUGGACCAGUGCAGAAUAGUCUUCAACAACAACGGCACCGUCAUCUACGGAGCAAUGCUGCAAGCCGACGACGAAGACGACAUGAUGGAAAUGCAGAUGAAAAGCCCAUUCGGCUCCUCGUUCAGGACCUUUAACGCCACAGACUACAAACCCAUUGCCACCAUCGACGUCAAGAGGAACAUAUUUGACCUCUGCACAGACACUAAAGACUGCUACCUUGCUGUGAUCGAGAACCAGGACUCGGUCAACACCGACACGGUGUGCCGACUGUAUGAAGUGGGCCGGCAGCGGCUGGCCGAGGAAGAGGAGGAGGAGGAUGAAGAGGAUCAGGAGGAUGACGAUCAGGAGGAAGACGACGACGACGACGACGAUUCAGACGACGACGUCGACACGGAUCCCCUGAUCGCCGAGCUGGAGAACGAGAACGGAGGGGAGGACGAAGACGACGAAGAGGACGACGGCAACGAUGAGUUCUCCCCAUCCGACGAGGAGGUGGCUCGUCUCCUCGAGGAGGACGUCGACGUCGGGGACGACGACGACGAUGACGACGAGGACAAUGACGACGACGAUUCUGAUAACGACGAUAUUGAUCUGGAUGGUGACAAUGACAGCUCUGACAACUCCGACCUCGAGGACGACAUCAUCUUAUCCCUGAAUGAGUGAGGGGACCCGGGGCCCCGGACGACUUGUCAAGACUCCCGCCUCUCGGACACUGGAGCUGCAGCGCAGCACGCUGGGAGGAGAGUAUCCUCAGCGGUGAAGGUGGGAGACGAGUCGGAGCGCUCGCUGGUUUGAAACAGUUGGUGUUUGCACACUUUGAGUGACAAGACAAAGGAAAAGGAAGCUCACACACAGAUCCGAGCGGGGAGGCUGCACACACAUGAACUUGCUGUAGGGGGAAGAAAAACAAAAGGAUUGUACACGUUUAUAGUUUUAUAAAACAGAAGUGAGCUUGAUGAGGGUUGAAACGUAGUUGAGGUAAUAAAAGUUUUAUUUUUUAUCACAUUACCGGCUUUUUAAACGGGCCUUUUGAUUUGAUAUUGAUUCAGGCACUUUGUAAGCCUCUGAUUGGUCACAGUUAGUGUUUGUAGGGUGAAAAAAAAGGCUUUUGUUGCGGGACGGCAUCGGUGUGGUUGAUUAUUUGGAGCGCUCUCUAGCUUGCACUUGUACCAGAUCGCCUGAAAUAAUCACCAAAUAAGUCCUCCGGUGUUGAAUUAGGCAGCUAGUGUGAUGCACAGACAUGUCGCUGACCGUUCAUCGGGUUUUAAUUCAACGCAUCGCAACGCCAUUCGUCUGCCGAUUCCCUGACGCGAAUGACAGAAGUUAAAUCGGCCCGGGGCUCGAAGUCGUGAGAACGCCGUCACAGGUCUUUGACGCACCUGCUCCCCCGUCAGCUCGGCACACGCAGACGAGCGUCCACGGCUCCGCACCGCAUUCAGCCCGGCCCGUCACGCAUCCAGGUCCCGCCGUACGACGGGAACGCAACGUGAAGUCCUGAUCUAAAAGUUCGGUCCAGUAGAAAAUGAUGUGUUAAUAUGAUAGAAAUCCUGGGAAAUGAAAUGUGCAGUGGUGGUUUGAGUGCAGCAAAAUGUGUUUUCUGUGACGAGGCAGUGAGCUUUAGGGUGUCAAAAAAAAAAAUAAAAAAAAUGGAUGCCUCGCACACAGUGCAAACAUUUCAUGAUUUUUCUGUUUUUCAAUUGUGCCUAUUAAUUUUGCCUCUUUUCUUUCUCUUUGCAAAAAUGUUUUGACUUUCUUGAGACAGUUUAUGUACAGCUUGUAUGUAUCUAAAGUAUUUUUACUAUAAAUAAAAUUAAAAAAAUUA